AAAGUUCAACUCUUUUCUUCUUCUUCUUCUUUUUUUUUUUUUUUUCAUUGCAUAAAUAUCUGCCAAAGCCAACCUAAGUACUAUAAUAGCAAGUCUAUAGCAACCUAACUGAUUCUCUCUCAAUCCAUCUUCUUCUCUCUCUCUGUUCUCAACCAGCAACACACUAAAAGCUAAAUUAAGAUAAAAUUGAAGAAACGAAAUGCAGUAAAAUGGAUCAAUUGAAGUGGAAAGGAGUCAUGAUUUAGUUCUGUUUGAAGAAUAUUUAAGUCAAAUCAAGCCUUAAUAUACAGAUUUUGAAAAUUUUUGAGGUCUUUGUCCUUAGAUUCUUUUGAUUUUCUAUGCAAAGGGAAUACCAUGGAAGACAUGAGUAAGGUUAGCCAAAAUGGGGAAAGAGGCCUCAAACUUCACGAGUUAAAUGGGGUAGUAGAUCAGACCUCUAGUCCAUUGAGAAAAGAACUGGUUAACAGGUUAUCUUUUUCAAUGAAGUCUCAUGAAGAUGAUGAAAUUGACUUGGAAGGCGGCAAGUUGGAAAAGGACAGAGAUAAAACAACACGUAGUAGUAGAGUCAUUAAAAUACAAAACCAGGCCUUAUUGUCAGGCUUUGCAUAUUGCAUUUCUUCCUGCAGUAUGAUACUGGUGAACAAGUUUGUGCUUUCCAGCUAUGAUUUUAAUGCUGGGAUAUCUUUGAUGCUGUACCAGAACCUUAUCUCGGUGAUUAUUGUAUCAGUAUUGAGUUUUCUGGGCAUAAUAUCAACUGAGCCACUAACUUGGCGAUUGAUUAAGGUCUGGUUGCCUGUGAAUGUUAUAUUUGUUGGGAUGCUUGUAACAAGCAUGUUUAGCUUGAAAUAUAUUAAUGUUGCCAUGGUCACAGUCCUGAAGAAUGUUACUAAUGUGAUUACUGCCCUUGGUGAAAUGUAUCUAUUCAGUAAGCACCAUGACAGCAGAGUAUGGACUGCUCUGUUCUUAAUGAUUGUUUCAGCAAUUUCCGGAGGGAUUACUGAUCUGUCUUUUCAUGCUAUUGGCUAUACAUGGCAGUUUAUCAACUGUUUUUUAACUGCAUCUUAUUCUCUGACCCUACGCAGGGUCAUGGAUACAGCAAAGCAAGUCACCAGAUCAGGAAACUUGAAUGAGUUUUCAAUGGUUUUGCUAAACAACACCCUAUCACUGCCUUUGGGAAUUAUUCUGAUUUUUGUCUUCAAUGAGGUGGAAUAUCUCUCCAAAACGCCACUCUUGAGAUUACCUGUCUUCUGGUUGGUAAUGACGUUAAGUGGGUUUUUGGGUCUGGCAAUCAGCUUCACUUCCAUGUGGUUUCUCCAUCAAACAGGGGCUACCACUUACAGCCUUGUAGGAUCGUUGAAUAAGAUUCCACUGUCGAUUGCUGGCAUUGUUCUGUUCCAUGUACCUACCAGUUUAGAAAACUCUGCCAGCAUUUUCUUUGGUUUGCUGGCAGGGGUAUUUUUUGCUAGAGCCAAAAUGAAGGAAAGAUCUUAGUAUUGACUAGCUUGACUCUAUUAAUGACCAUACGAUAUGCUUGGAUGAACUGUCUGAUCACUUGUAUACUUAAUAUCAAUGGGGAAAUCGGUCAGGCCGUUCCGGUUGACACGUAAAAACAUCUGGAGAUUCUUUCUGUCACUCUGGUAUCCAUUAUGAAUUGAAAUCCAAUGGUGCAAGGGAGACCAUGGAGAUUCUGCCCCGAUGUAUUAGAUAAUCCAGUUUUUUGGUAUUUAAGAUGCUGUCACAUUUUUGUAAUCUGAUAUUUCAUCAGGCAGCUCAUCAUUUUUCCCCUUCUUGUAUCAGGUGCUUUAGUCUUAAAGACUCUGGUUUUAGGGCUGAUAUGUGUGAUUGGGCUAUGGCCAUGUUUUGUAAACUAUUAAUUAAUCAAUUCUGAUAUAUGUAUUUUAUUGGGUGUUUCACUUUCAAUUCUGAUAUAUGUAUCAUUUUUUUUUCUA